CCUUUAUCCAUCCCCUGGAUUAAUCAGGGGGAAAACGAUCUCGGGAGAUGCCAGGGAAUUGCUGGAAGCCAGAGCCUGCAAAGGGGUUUCCCCUCUGUGAACAGGCUGGUGUCGCAGCAUCUCCACCGGGGCCGACCCCAGAGCGGCUCGGAGCACCCCGGGGUGCCGCGCGGGCCCGAGCGAGGAUUGACGCCUCUCUGCACCUUGCAGGAGUGGGCGGACGUGUGUUGCAGGGGGCUCCGGAGUGUCCAUGCCUACAUCCUGGUCUAUGACAUCUGUUGCUUUGACAGCUUCGAGUACAUCAAAACCAUCCGACAGCAGAUCCUGGAAACGAGGGUCAUUGGCACUUCUGAGACCCCCAUCAUCAUCGUGGGCAACAAGCGGGACCUGCAGAGGGGCCGGGUGAUCCCCCGCUGGAACGUCUCCAACCUGGUGAAGAAGACAUGGAAGUGUGGCUACAUCGAGUGCUCGGCCAAGUACAACUGGCACAUCCUCCUGCUCUUCAGUGAGCUUCUGAAGAGCGUGGGCUGUGCCCGCUGCAAGCACGUCCACACCACCAUCCGCUUCCAAGGGGCCUUGCGCAGGAACCGAUGCACCAUCAUGUGAGACCUCCUGGGCCCCCGGCCCUGCCCCAGCACCUCUGGGCUUUGCUGCCCAUCCCAUGCUGGCCUCCACGGAGCUGAGGGGCAGCGGGAGCGGAGGACAGGCCACCACUGGGGUGAAAUGCUAGGAUGGGCACCUGGCACGGCGCAGGGGACGGCGAUGCUGUAGGUAGUGAAGGGUGAGGAUGGACCUCAGCUAAAUCUGCGGACCCCAAGGCCUCCCAAUGCUUGGGACCAGCACUGUGCAGAUGUGGGUUGUAUCUUUGCUAUGCCUGAAGCGCUGCUUGGCAGUGGUGGGGUGGAGGAGACGUCUCAGACGGUGCCCACAGGGUGGCCUCCGGGUCAUCCCCAUGGGCUGGCCUUGGGCUGCACCGGCUGGUCCUUGGCAUCGAGGAGAUGCUCGUGAAGAGGGACAGCACUGAAGUUGUCCUGUAGACCUCAAAUUCCUACACUGAUGUUCAUCACCAUGUCCCUGCUCCUCGCCCACCUGAGCUGGUCGCCUCCGGUCGCUCCCUGCUGCUCUUGGCUGGUCCCAGGCACCUGGCCGCAGCGGCGUGGUCGUUCGCUUCCCCCACUGAAGAAGAGGCUGGUUUUUCCCCCCCACCAGCUCUUCUUCUCCAGCCUGGGCUUCCUCCAACUCAUGCUUCGUCUUUCUCCCCCCUUGUGCCCCGGCUUGACCACUCCGCUGCCCAUCCCACCGCCUCUGGUCUGUCCACAACGCAGCUCCCUGCC